CUAGAAAAGGCAAAAAAAGGUAAUUGCCUGUGAACUUGACCCAAGGCUGGUAGCUGAACUUCACAAAAGAGUUCAGGGCACGCCUUUGGCUAGCAGACUUCAAGUAAUGGUGGGUGAUGUGUUGAAAACGGAUUUGCCAUUCUUUGAUGCUUGUGUGGCAAAUUUGCCUUAUCAGAUCUCCUCUCCUUUUGUCUUCAAGCUGUUGCUGCACCGACCUUUUUUCAGAUGUGCUAUACUUAUGUUUCAAAGAGAAUUUGCUCUCCGACUAGUUGCAAAACCUGGAGAUAAAUUAUACUGCAGACUCUCAAUUAAUACUCAACUGUUAGCACGUGUGGACCAUUUAAUGAAAGUUGGAAAGAAUAACUUCAGACCACCUCCCAAGGUAGAAUCCAGUGUUGUACGGAUAGAACCUAAGAAUCCACCACCACCUAUCAAUUUUCAGGAAUGGGAUGGCCUAGUAAGGAUCACCUUUGUUAGGAAAAACAAGACACUGUCUGCUGCAUUUAAGUCAAGUGCGGUGCAACAGCUAUUGGAAAAAAACUACAGAAUUCACUGUUCGGUCCAUAAUAUUAUAAUACCAGAAGAUUUCAGCAUAGCAGAUAAAAUACAGCAAAUCCUAACCAGCACAGGUUUUAGUGACAAGCGGGCCCGUUCCAUGGACAUAGAUGACUUCAUCAGACUGCUACAUGGAUUCAAUGCAGAAGGUAUCCAUUUUUCUUAGGUAUCUGCAACAAAGAAGUUUUCAAAUUCAAGAGAAGAAAGUGGAAUUAUAUAUUCUUAGUAAUGUAAGAUGAACUAUGCUUGAACACUUAUGUGCUUGACUAUUUUUGAUUUACAGUUGUCACCAUUUAUUACUCUGAAUUUUUAAGGAAAUCAGUUCUAAGUAUCCAAGGAUUUCUUGGGGGGGCUUGAUUUUAAUAAAUAAAGGAAGGACCCAGUUUAUACAUGAUAAUCUUCAAGUUCAAGAGCCGCAGACACGCACAACUUUACACUUAAGAUUAUUUCUAACAGUGUAUUGCAUAAAUGUUACAUUUCUAUUUUCUACGUUAUAUAUUACUGCGAAGAUCUAAUUUUUUAGGUUUUUAGCUCUUUAUUCCUCUGUCCAAGUCAUAAAAAAGUCAAACUAUGCUUAGUCACAUAGUCCCCAUACCAUUUCUUCUUGUUAGUCAUUUGUAUAGUAAAGCAUUUAUUUCUUAAAAUGUUAUUUUGCUUCUCUCAUUCUUUCUGUUUACCCUAUAAACAUCAGGGUUCUCUGUAAGCCUGAGUCUGCUACCGCCAACUGUGUGGUGCCAGGCACAUUACUGCUGGGCUUGAUUCCUUACUUGUGAAAUGAGGAUGAUGCUCAACUAGAAUGAAAUGAACUCUAAGACUCUAUGUUUUUUUUUUUCUUGGGGAGUCAUAAUAGGUUUAACAAAAUUUCAAAGGGUUUUUAGAAAUCAAAACUGGCUUUAAAGUUCUAUGCUUUUCAGUUUCAAAAAAACCCCAAAACCCCAACUAGCCAUUUUGCCACAGUCACAUGUUCUCAGUACUUUUUUACAUAUCUGAUGCUUAGUUUUAAGCUAUUGUUAAAAUGUUAGGUUUGGAGUUCCUGUCAUGGCACAGCAGAAACAAUCCGACUAGGAACCACGAGGUUGUGGGUUCCAUCCCUGGCCUUUCUCAGUGGGUUAAGGAUCCGGCAUUGCCGUGAGCUGUAGUGGAGGUCGCACACAGCUCAGAUCUGGCGUUGCUAUGGCCGUGGUGUAGGCCGGCAGCUGUAGCUCCAAUUAGACCCUUAGCCUGGGAACCUCCAUAUGCUGUGGGUGCGGCCCUAAAAGGACCAAAAAACAAAACAAAACAAAACAAAACAAAAAAAAGGACUAAACUGUUAGGUUGAGAAUUUAAUAGAUGUCAUAAAUGUCUUAAUUAGCUACAAUGUUUAAAUCAUUAUCAGCAAUAUACUAAAUAUUGUUUAUGUCUUAUAACAGAUUUAUAUAGCUGAUUUCUUUAAUAUAAGGAGAUUAAUAAAAAUAUUUUCAAUGA